UACAGGUAUUCAAAUCUAAGACAUACGGAAAUGUCUUGGCAUUGGAUGGUGUGAUUCAAUGCACAGACAGGGACGAGUUCAGUUAUCAGGAAAUGAUGGCGCACGUCCCGUUAUUUACACAUCCCAAUCCCGAACGUGUGCUCAUCAUCGGUGGCGGUGAUGGCGGAGUAAUGCGCGAGUGCGUGAAGCACCCGUCUGUGAAGGAAGUGAUUCUUUGUGACAUCGACAAGAUGGUUCCUGAGGUUUCCAAGAAGUACUUACCCAAUAUGUCUAAAGGCUUUGACAGCCCUAAGAGCACGCUGUACAUUGGGGACGGUAUAGAGUUCAUGCGCAAUCAUUUGGAUUCGUUCGAUGUGAUUAUCACUGAUUCCUCAGAUCCCGUGGGCCCAGCCGAGGCUCUUUUCACAGACGAGUACUACCAGCUGAUGAAGAGUGCGCUGAGGGAAGGCGGCAUAGUGUGCUCACAGGGCGAGUGCAUGUGGUUGCACCUUGAGAUGCUUGCGAAGAUGAUCAAGUUCAAUAAAAACAUAUACCCCUCUGUUGGAUACGGGUAUGUGUGUAUCCCCACCUAUCCUAGUGGACAGAUUGGUCUUUUGAUGUGCGGCAAGGCCGAAGGUACAGACUUCAGCACUCCGGCGAGAGAGCUUACUGAGGAAGAGGUGGAGAAAUGGGAACUUAGAUACUACAACUCGGCCAUCCACAAGGCUGCCUUUGUACUUCCCGAGUUUGCCCGCAAAGUUCUGAAGUAAAGAGAGACUAGGGCCUACUACAGCAGCAAUAGACCUUGGGCGCGACUCACACCCUUAAUUAUGCAAGAGUAUACCCACUACAUAUAUGCAGACCUCGUGAACAACACCUACAGCGGACUUCAUAGUCAGUGACUCUUGCAGAAUAAAAUAAUGCGGUCUCAGAUGUGGCAACCCAACCUCAAGUCGCGCCUUAUGAGACUGUAUCCACAGGGAGAUUGUGUGUUCUAAACAGAUAGCAGUGUCCGGGUUGUUACAAGAGCAUUAUACAAUUGCGUAAAAUAGACUACACAUAUAGUCACAUACUGGAAGGCACGGUGCAGAUAUAUCUAUAUAGGCAUCUAUUCUUUGGCACGUCAGAUUACGCAUGCUGGUCCGUAAUAUUGAAAAGAUAUUGAAUGGCAGCGGUAAAUAAUUAAAAAGUAGUAUCAAACG